AUGAGCUUCCGUAGCAACACGAGCUCGGUGCCAUGCAAGUACUACCCGCUGGGGCAAUGUCGCAACGGCAACAACUGUCGCUUCUCCCACGCGAAUCCGUCCUCGACGAGCAAUGCCGCCCCUUCCAACCCUGGGUUCACGUCAGUAUACUGAAACCACCCUUAGGGUUAGAAACAUUCGCUUCGCUUGUGCGCUGAACGCCGAAUCGUGUGUGUGUCCCCCCACAGCUCCGAGUCGAUCAAGAUCGACUUGACGACUGACCGACCUUCCUACGCGCUGUCCUCGUAUGGGCCGGGCAAGACCGGCAACCUCAUCAAGGACCAGGACCUCUCCCCCGAAGAGUUGAGGCUGUCGUACUACAAUGCCGUCAAGGCCAACAACCCGUCGCUCUACGUGAGUAUGCCCGCUGGCGAAUGCCUCAACUCUUGUCGUCGGUGAGGCGACUUGCCGUCGUUUAAAAUUCACUGAUCAUAGCAUUCAACGUCUUCCCAACAGCCCGAAGAAGUUCUCGUCAACAAGGCCGAACAGACCGUCAAGUCCAUUCUGGCAGAUCUACCCGUGGCGUAUCGUUUCAUGGCGGCGCAGCAAUCCUCGGGGACGACCUCUUCCACAACGACAUCGACAACGGGGGUCUUUGGAGGUGCCGCACCGACGACUUCGGCCUUCGGUGCGUUUGGCUCGGCACCGCAGGCGACGUCGGUCUUUGGUGCAACCGGAGGAGCUUCAACGACACCGAACCCGUUCGGUGGAGCCUCGACCUCGAACGCCGUCGGCGCCGCCCCGUCGAGCGCUUUCGGAUCGACCGCUUUCGGUGGCGCGCCCGCGACCACGUCCGUUUUUGGCUCGGGAGGCGCUUUUGGGUCGACGAAAAAGACUUUGAAUCCGUUUGGUGGCACGGGAAUGGGGACGAGUGCGUUUGGGGCAGCAGGUGGGGCACCGUCGGUGUUCGGAUCGACGACGACGGGCGGCGGCGCUUUUGGAGCAGCGGCCUCGACGGCCGGCGGCGGUGGCUUUGGCGCCUUCUCCAACUCAACGUCCACACCUUCGGUCUUUGGAUCGAAACCCGCCCCCUCGGCAUUUGGAGGGACAACCUCCGCUUUCGGUGCAACAGGGACGGCGCCGUCGGCGUUUGGUGCUGGCGGUUCAGCCCCAUCAGCGUUCGGAGCCGGUGGAUCCGCCCCUUCCGCUUUCGGUACGGGCGGAUCCGCACCGGCGUUUGGAUCGACCGGUUUUGGUUCUGCCACUGCGUCGGCUUCACCGUUUGGUACACCCGGACCUGGAGUCACCGCAGCGCCACCAACGACGACCCCUUCUGCGUUCGGAGCCGCAGGGGGAGCCCCCGUCUCGGCAUUCGGUACGAGCGGCAGUGCGCCGACCUCGGCAUUCGGCGCCUUUGGAUCGGGACCGACUUCGACAGCAGGGGCGUUCGGAUCGACUGGUUUGGGGUCGGCAGCCGCACCAUCGAGCGCUUUCGGUUCCUCCGCAUCAGGGGUGUUUGGAAGCGGUUCAUCAACGACGGCCGCUCCGGCUUUUGGGUCGAGUGGGUUCGGUGGGACUUCGACGACACCCGUCAGUGCGUUCGGGGCACCUGCGAAGACGACAACGACGUCGAGUGGGUUCGGAACCUCGGGUGGAGCACCUUCGGCAUUCGGAAGUGGGGGCAGUGCGUUCGGUGCAGAGGGGAGCGCGGGUACUGCGGCGGGUGGAGGAGGGUUUGGUGCUUUUGCGGCAUCGACACCUUCGGCUUUCAAUGCCGGCGGAGGAGUGUUUGGUGCUGCUGCUGCUACUCCUGCCGCACCCUCGUCGGGAGGGUUCUCUACCUUUGGGUCCGCACCUUCGAGCACUACGGGUGGUGGAUUCGGCUCUUUCGCCGCCGCCGCCACCUCCCGGACUGGAGCAGCAUCGUCGUACCCCGUCGUUCCGGACGCGUACGACGACUUGGAACCUAGCGAAGCUCGAGAGGAGGAAGAAAUGGUCCUAUGGAGGAGCGACAAGUUUGUAUGGGGUGGUAUCCCCGUUCGUGCACCUCCUGUGGGGGUACGGUGA